AUGGCUAUCUUUGUGGCACAAAGGAUCCUCUGCCGUUCACAGAGUAAGCUCGGCUAUCUGCUUCUGCGAUGCAUACACCACUAUAUUGAUCUCGACAUUUACACUGGAUUUGAGGUUCACACUGAAGAUUCAAUUGUUGCAGGAAGACAAGCUCUGCGGGAAUUUUCAGCGCUGAUGGAGGAGUAUAUUCUCAAUUCACAGCCUGUAACAGGCAAGGACUGGAAUUUCCCCAAGAAACACGCAAGUUUGCAUCUAUUCGACCAUAUCUUGGCGAAAGGUGCGACACAAAACUACAACACAAAACCGAACGAGAAGAUGCACGGCCCCGUGAGGGACAUCUACCACAAUCGAACAAAUUUCAAGGACAUUGCUACACAGUUGGACGAGUACAAUCGGAAAGCCAAUAUCCUAACAACAGAAGAUGCAGACACAGAAAAUCCUGCAAUUUCUGUGGAUCCAGCUCCCUGCACCCACGUAAAGUUAGGCUCGAUGCAAGGUGACAUCUCAUUUGCAAGUCUCAAGCAGUCGCAUGCAGAUGACAGGGCCUUCGUCGGUUUCGAAUCAAACUCAACACCUUCCUGA